AUGGUACAACAAUUAUCAUCAAUUGGUUUUAUUUUGAUAAGAAUAUUUCUUGUGCUUUUUAAUAAAGCCGAGUGUAAAUCAAGUGGUGGUCAUUAUUCAUCACAACGUACACUUAAUUCUGGACCUUCUGGUGGACAUGGUUUUUCUAGUGUUAAUCAAUUACAAAAUCCAAUGUAUUGGAGUAGUUCAUGGUUUCCAUCAGAUUUAGAUUCAUUCCAUGAUAAUCGUAUAAAUAAUUUUAUAGUUCGAAAAAGUAAAGAAAGUUAA